CACAAAAUACUAACACUUCCAAUCUCUGCAAAAUCUCUGUCGAAAUAAUAGCGCUUCCUGCAAUUUCAUCACAAUUUUACGAAAUGUUUGUCCCUGACGGGAAGAAUCUAGAUGCCAAUGUUUUCUCUGGCCCUUUAAACGACGAUUCAGAUUUCAAUUCUUUGGUUGGCCCUCCAAACAAUGAGGGGAGUGGGGAUAAUGAAUGGAACGAUUAUCUUCUAAUGGUGGGAGUACUGUCUCUUUGUAUGCUUAUUUCCAUCUUUGUUGUUUUCUAUUACGUAUACUUUCGCAUGGAUUCUCAUGCAGAGCACCGGCGGCGGCUGAGGCACCAGAUUUCGAGAGCUCGUGGGUUUUCUUUGAGAGGAGGAGAUGAGCACUUUUGUUCUCCGGCGACACAAGGUUUAUGCAGGGAAGUCGUAGAUGCCCUCCCGGUUUUUGUCUACAAGCCGGAAAAUUUCAAGGACGGAUUAAGCUGUACUGUUUGUCUGAGUGAGUUCGAGGAAAACGAAAAUGCCAGAUUACUGCCCAACUGUAAUCAUAGCUUUCAUGUGGAGUGUGUUAAUAUGUGGUUUUAUUCUCAUUCCACUUGCCCUCUUUGCAGAGCUAAUGUUGAAAAGCAGCCUGAUGAAUCUGUGCAGACUGGUAAUAGAGCAGUGGAGAUUUCAGUCAUGGAAGAAGAAGCGGGGAUAGAUCAAAAGGCAGUAGAAAGCAGUAGGAGUAGAGAAGAACAGGUGGAUUGUAUUAAUGGCGAGAGUAACAGUGUUAGUAUUGAUAUCCCACCUAGGGAAAAGUAGAAUUCUUUAUAUAUACCUAGUGUUUCUACAUGAUGGUAGUUGUUCAGGGGAAGCCAGGCAACAGACUAUAUAUCAUCGAGCACAUGUUCGACUCACUUUAGGGAAGGAAAUAAUGUACAUACGGUUUGGUUUCAGUUUUGUGUAGGCGAGAGAUAUCUGUAAGAUGUUGGAUAUCAUUUUACGAAGGUUGUGACGACCUUUUGAUUCCCUUUAAUGAAUCGGCAUAUAUUAAUUAAUAAGAGUCGAUUGAUUUGUAAGGUUUU